AUGUGGAUUGUGAUGCCAGCGACGUUUCAUGCCGCCGAAUGGGUGAUGGAUUUACCCCCAAAUUGCAGGCUGAUCCUCCACGAGGAAAUUCUCGAGAAGGACGAAUCGAGACUCACGCUCCGACUAAUCGAAUCGUGCAAGCCUACAAAAACGGAGAUACAACUGCCAUAUGGUUCAGAGUUGGUCGGAACGCUGGUCGUUACUAUCAGCAGCAUCUGUCUGUCUCCCGCUGUGGGACACCAGGAUCGUCCGCCGUUCGCCGUUCGACCGACUGAUUCCUGUCAGGUUUUGAAACCAAAUGUGGCAAAUAUCAUUAGGCAUCAAGCGGCUAGCUCCUACAUCAAGAGCCGCCGUUUCAGCCGCUCUUCUCCCUGA